ACCUACGCCUACCUCACCUACCUACCUUUCUACUAAGCUUUGGGGUUCAUCGUGACACUUCCUGUCAAUUCACCGAAAAGUUAGAUUCAUAUCGACGAGUUUUGGAAUCUGGAAUUAUUUGCUUCAGUUCAUGUCUUUUUGAAGGCUAAAACAUCAGUUACGAGAUAUUCUGGCCCUGUCGCAUAUCGGUGAGCCACUUGUCGCACUGGCUCCCUCACUCAUCUCAACCCCCAAGCUUCUCAGAUCCUUAAUAUCACAACCGCUUGUAACGUCUAAACUUCGAUGGUGUGUAUGGCCGCGGUUAUUUAGUCUGAAUAUGGCACCAGGACCGGCCGAGAAGAAGGUCGAGAGGUCAUAUCUGAGCUCCGCUGUUGAUUCAUUUAAUCCUUGGGCUGCUAGUCGCAGCACAACUCCAACUCAAAAAACAAAGAUUGAGCAGGAAACGUCAACCGUUGCAACCUCAGCGAACCCUGAUGAUCACAGCACAACCCACCUUUAUGGGCAAAGCCUUCGAACAUAUCCCUCAGGAUGCCCUCCUCUAAAAGUUCAGUGGUUUCAUGCCGUGGAUGUUCCCAAGCGGAAACCUCGCCUCAGCAAAUCCACACAGCCCGAAAAGCCUUCGACACAACCAAAGAAGUACAACCCGUUUUCUUCUUCAGAUUCCAAGGCUUUAGAAGCUGAGUAUCAGAAGCUUCUUGAGGAAGUAGAGGAGGCCCGGACUCGAGCACCUGGAGAUGUGCAGAUGGCCCCGAGAAAGCGCAAAGCCGAUGUUGAAGAUGACACCACAGACGGACUUAAAAACCGCGAACGCGGGCUGUCUGACUCGAAGUCAACUGGAGUCCGUGUUCCCGUGAAUGAAGACUUCUUAUUCGACGUAGACAUUGAAUUCCGGGAAUUGGCUCCUGUAUAUUGGCUUGGCCCAGUUUAUGAUGUACGCAGAGGGACAUGGUUUUACCACGAAGGCUCUAACUUGCGCCCUUGCGAAGAGAAUCUAGCCGCUCAGCUGGAGGAGGGCUACCUUAAGAUGAAGCCAUGGCUAUAUCCCACAAGAGACCGCAGUCCAUCAGGAGCUAGAAGGAACCUCACACCUAAAGCUUCGCAAGAGAACCUACAUGCAACAGCUAAGGGUGGAGUCGAGCAAACUGGUCAGAAGCCAGUUGCUGAUGGCUCUGCAACUGAACCAUCUUCUCGUGGUCAACCUCAGCCCCAGUCAUACCGAUUAUUUGGAACAUACAUGAACAGUCUGGCCACAUACCAUGAUGCAAGCACUGCCUAUCUAAAUACGGAUGGUAUGCUUUCUUGGGUGACUUCUUCUAUGUAUCAAAGGUUCGCUGGUGGGAGUUAUAUGAGCGGAGUGAGACUGGUUCGUGGCUAUUCAGAACCCAGCAAGAAUAAAGAAAAAGACACCGACAAAGACAAGAGGGAAGAGAAGCAACCCAACGCAGCUGACUCGGGUCUUCCACUGGACGAAAAACAACAAAAGAGUCUGAAGCGAAGAUCAGCUCCGCCCACUACUCGUGCUUCACAUGAAGACCUUGCUCAGAAUGGCAGCGACAAUACUCCGACCCAAGACCCUCGACGUGCAACACUUCAACGCCAGCUUUCUUCCCUUCUUGAGGGAGAAGGAAAGACAAAGGCCGAAAAAGAAGAAGACAUACGGCGACGUGAAGAGCAAGAGAUACAAGACGAUUACAAUGCACAGGCCGGCGAAACCCAAGGACGGGAAAUCGAGCAUCUGGUGCUUGUCACACAUGGUAUAGGUCAGCUCCUUAGUUUACGAAUGGAGAGUGUCAAUUUUGUUCACGAUGUCAACGUCCUCCGCAAGACACUCAAGUCAGUGUAUGCCAACUCAGCAGAUCUGAAAGCAUUGAACUCGGAACUUGGGGCUGGACCUGGUAACUGCAGGGUACAGGUGCUUCCCGUGUGCUGGAGACAUCUGCUAGACUUUCCCAAGAAACGUGAGAAGAAGGGAGAGCGUGACCUGGGAGACGUAGAUGAUGACGAGGAUGAGUAUCCAUCCUUGGAUGACAUUACUAUCGAAGGGGUGGCAUUCGCACGCUCCCUGAUUUCGGACCUUGCCUUAGAUGUUUUGCUAUACCAAAGCUCGUAUAGGGCUCAAAUCUCGAGGAUUGUGCUAAAUGAAUGCAACAGAAUUUUCAAACUAUUCAAAGAAAGAAAUCCUGAUUUCAGAGGAAAGGUUCACUUGAUGGGUCACUCUCUGGGCUCCGCGAUUCUCUUUGAUCUACUUUGCCAGCAAAAACGGGAUCAGUCCGCUGAGCCGAAGCCUGUUCUACGGCUGUGGCCGGCUCAGGAUAUUUCACAAACAUCCAACAAGGACCAUGAGCUCAAUCUUGAGUUCAAAGUCGAGGAUUUCUUUUGCCUGGGUUCUCCAAUCGGCCUCUUUCAGAUGCUCAAGGGACAAACAAUAGCGGCCAGACAUCGCAACACAUCAUCUGACAUCAAAGAUAUCGGGGAAAGUACGCAAGGAGAAUGUUUCCGAACCGCACCGCUUUCUUCAGGAGUAGAGCAGAUAUCCUCCUUGACUGGUCUUCCUAUGUCUGUCUCAUCACCAAAGGUUCAGCAACUCUUUAACAUCUUCCACCCAUCUGAUCCAAUUAGUUACCGACUAGAGCCGCUGAUAUCUCCGACCAUGUCUACACUCAAGCCCCAAAUAUUGCCAUACACGAAAAGAGGAAUAUUCGGCAAUGUCGCCCCGCAGGGAUUGACAGGAAUCGGAGCAAAAGUCGGACAGAGUGUUAGCGGACUGUGGUCAAGCCUUAGUGCGGGCAUCGCUAGUAACCUGCUCAAUCGAUCACUUGGUUUGAGUAACGAAGAGGUUGCACGGCUUACCACCAGCGCUGAAGGCACAGACAAAGAAACAGGAACCAAGACAGCAAACCGAGACGUACCAAAUGCUGCAGAGAAACGGGAAGUCACAGAUGCACGUAUGAAGAAGCUCGCGGACUCUGCGUCUGUGCCAGACUCCGGAGCUGGUGACCGUAACCCGACACUGAUCGACGAAGAAAUCGAAACCUUGUAUUCCAAUUUCCAGAAGAACCGUACAGUGCCAAAUAAGGACCAGGAAACAACAGGAACAGGAACAGCAACAUCUGACGACGAUAAGAAGGCGCGCAAAAUGCGCAAGGAGGAAGCUAAAGUUCGAGCACUCAACCGUAACGGCCGAGUUGAUUAUAGCAUUCAAGAGAGCGUCCUGGAUUUCAAUCCCAUCAAUACCAUUGCAUCUCACAUGGCAUACUGGGCUGAUGAGGACGUAAACCAUUUCGUUCUCUCGCAGCUGCUAUCGAACAGGUCGAGUGUGAAGAGGAAUGCGACCGAGCCUCCAUCGAGGAACGAGGAAACUGGAAGUUAGGAAGGGCGAUGCAUUAUGAAGAUCUGGCAGUCGACAUCUCAGAGUCGUAUAAUGUGGUAUGCCGCUCCUCAACCUCAAGAGCCAACUCCUCGAGCACCCGCCGAGUUGGAUUUUAUAGGUUUAUAUAUAUUUAUGGAAUGAACUUGGCUAUAUAAAAUAGUUCGUGUACCAAAGUUUAGAAAAGAAUGGAAAAUUAUACUUGGGUAGUUAUAAAAGACUGAGCGAGCUGUUGACUGAUA